AAAAAACCGUGUCUCUUUGAAAUUUGUUUACUAAGUCGUGGUGAUGAUUGAAUAUGUCAACCGUCAUGAAAUCUUUAGUCCCUCAGUAUCUUGGAUCACUAAAUCAGGUGUUCACUUGGAGUACACUCCUGAAGACACGCUUAAAAGUGGAAUAUUUGUGAGUGGGGAGAAUGCUACAACAUGCGAAACUGUACCAAUGUUAAAUUCGGAGGUAUGCAGCAAUAACAGUGAAGUUAAGGUUUUCGGACCUCAGUCCAACUCGGAAGAUGAUCACCCUACACCAAAUAAUAUAUGCUUAUCGGACAAAACAAGUGAUAAUUCUGAAAGAGGUAAGGGGAUUCCCAACAAUACAAAUUGUUCUGAGAGAACGUUUUCAGUGGACUGUGAUGGUGAUCUUUACAACACUGAUGUGAAGAAACCAACUAAAACCCCCAUAUCUUCGAAAAAGCCGAUCAGUUUCCUGAAGCGUCAUCAAGGUGUAUCUGCUUGGUGUAGUAGACUACGAAAGCAGGGAUUACCAGUUACCGAUCCAGCCGCAGAGUUACUCAAGCGUCAGUGUACAAAUUCAUCGCAAAUUCCAGUUGUUCGGAAAACUGCAUUGAAAAAACGGCUCGACUUAUCUAAAUCAAACUCACACCAAACUCCCAUCAAUAAUGAUACUUUAAUUCCAUCUACUAUUCAUAAAGAUUCAAAUCAUUCACAAUAUAAUGAACCAUUCAGUAAAAUGAAUUCUAUCAACUUAAAUGAUCCAACUCAUAUUCAUACAUUAAAUAUAAAUAAGCAAAAUCCAAUUGAAAAAUCUAAAAAUAUUCUUAAUCAUAAUAAAUCUAAUGAAGAUCUAAUUGGAUCUAUGGAAUCUAUUCAUACAAAUAUGAAUGAUGAUGAAAAUGAUUUAAAAGAAUUUGAAUAUCUUGAAGAAUUUAUUGAAACCUCAUUAUAUAAUCAUAAUGAUAUAAAUAAAAAACAAUUGAAUAAUAGAAUUCAAUCAAAUCAAUUAUCAAUGAUUGGUUAUCAUUCUAAUGAAUCAAUAAAAAUCAAGCAACCAAGUUCACAUGUUCAAAUCCAUUCAAGACAUUCGGUCAAAGAUGAUAUUUUAAUUGAAGAUAAAGUUCAUAGAGACGAUGCAGUAAAUUGUCUCACAGGUGAAUCACAUGAUGCCAAAACGACAAGUGAUUUUAAUUUGCCUAAUAAUAAUACUGAUGAUUGUAACGUCAAUAGUAUAUUGGGUAUUCCAGGUCCACUGGAUAAUCAAUGUAAAGUAACGCGUUUUCAUGUAGCGAAAUUACCAUGUAAUCAAUCUCAAUCAUCAGUAAUAAAUAAUCAACAAUUGGAAUUGUCUAACGAACAUCAAUUGGCCUCGAUAAAACAAUUCAGUUCUUCAACUCCUGACGACUAUGAUUUCGAUGAUUCACAUCCAUGGAGUUUCAGUACUACAGAUAUAAACUAUGCGAAAUUGUUGUCUGGAUAUAAUUUGUCUGAAGUAUCACUUACUAAUUGUGAUGAUUUUAUAAAUCAACCAAAUGAAUCAACACUUGAUUGUUCCACAACAUCAACAUUUCAUACAAAUAAAGUUAACUCUUCAUUACGUGAUCAAUCUAUCAAAGUUAUUCAUCAAAUUAUUAGUUCUUCAUUGGAUAAAGUUGAUCGUGAUAUGUGUAUCAAAAAAUCUUCUGAAACUGUUAAAUACAAUCAGAAAUCUAUUUCUUCUAAUAGUAAUGAUGAGUCCAUCAAUUCCGUUAAUGAAUUCAGUAAUGAACAGAAUCCCAGUAAUCAGAAUAGUACAACUAAUAGUGAUCAAAGUGUUUUAAAACAAUGGAUUAAUAGAUUGGAAGCAGAAGUUAAACGUUUCAAAGUAGAAAAUGCUAAUUUAAAUAAAUUGAAAAUAGAAGCUCAAGAUAGUUUACGUCAGCUUGAAUUGGAAAAAAGUCGUUUUGAUGAGAAUAAAAUUAAGGAGCGAAAAAAAUUCGAAGAAUACAAAGAGAAUGAGAUUAGAAAAUUAAAAAAGGAAAGACGUGUAUUGGAAGAAUAUCAACGUGCUCUAAGAACUAUGCCGAACAAGAAAGAUCGUGAAGAAAUUGAACGACUUAAACAAGAACUUGAAGAAUCUCGUGUUGAUAUGGGUAAACGUGAAGUUCGUUGGCAUGCAGCACUUAGCCGAUUACGUACUCGAAUUGAUGAAUUUGAAACAGAACGUAAUGAACUUAAAGGACGUAUAAGUAGAUUAGAAGAAGAACGUAUAUCAUUACAAGCUAAAUUGGCAAAAAUACAAGUAACUUAUAAUAAUAGUAAUAAUGAAUCGAAUUCAACAAAACAACGAUCAUCUUUAGCACUUCGUCAGACAGUGAAUUCAAUUUCACAAUCUAUUAGUCUAACUCCACUGAAUAACAAUACUAAUAAUAAUAAGGAUGCUGAUUUAUCGAAAAUCACAAAUAAUACAUAUGGUCAACGUUCAAGACAGUCAUCACAUACACGUUCCUCUUCAUCAUCAUCAGCGUCAUCAAUCUCUCGUUCUUUAACAAAAGUAAACAAACCUGGAAUGAUUAAUCAUCAUAAACAGAAUACUAUUUCUUCUGUUACUUCAAAUAAAGUCGAAACUAUGAUCCCUCAAUUGAAUAGUAAUAACAAUAAUAAUCAUAAUCAUGAUAAUAAUGAUAAAUUAUGUCAUCAAGAGUCUAAUUCACCUGUUACUACUGGUACACGUGAAAGUAUCGCUAGUGGUGGUGGUUAUUUCACUGGAGAUGAUGAUUCUGUCUCAAUUGGUGGAAGUAUUGAACAAGUAGUUCGUUUAUCUUCACAUUCAAACAAUUUCAUUAACGAUAAUAAUCAUCAGUAUAUUGAUGAUGUUCAUAGUAGUAACAUUGCUAUUAUCUGUAAUGAUAAUCAUAAGAAUACUACUAAUGAACAAAAGUCAAUGGAUUUCACUGUUAAACAAAAUGUUCAUUCAUCAAAUGUGAUAAAUAUUUUAAAUAAAAAUAACCCAGUAACAAAAACCCAAUCAAAUCAUCAGAACCAACAAAUGAAAGAUUUUACCAAUAAAGUAGAUAGCAAUCAACAAGAAAAGUUACCCGUUCCAGGAACAGCUGCUUGUGGCACCGUAAUCCGAAGUGUAAAGCACACCGAUGGUUCGAUUGAACAAACUUAUUCAAAUGGCGCUGUUGUUGUAUCUUAUGCUAAUGGUUCAGUGAAAGAAAUUUUUCCUGACACUGUAACUAUAGUUGUAUCUUUAUUCAAUGGUGAUAUUAAACGAACUUUACCAGAUGGUCGUGUAAUAUAUCACUAUGCGGCUGAUGGAACAGUUCAGAUAACUUAUCCUAAUGGAACUGAAGAGAUUAAGUAUUCUGAUGGACGUCAAGAAAUUAGUUAUUCUUGUCAACAAAUAAAUCCAGAUCAAGUUUUACUACCAACGACAACAGUCAAUUCAUUGAAAUCCUUGACAAAUGAACAAAUAUGUCGUCAAUUUAACAACAAUAAUGGUGUUAAAGAAAUUUUAUUACCUAAUGGUCAACGUGAAAUUCAUUCUAGUUCAGGGAUUAAAUGUCGUGUUUAUCCAGAUGGUACUACAAAGACUAUAUUUCCCGAUGGUCGUCAUGAAACUCGUUACAGUUCUGGACGUUUACGUAUUAAAGAUGCUAAUGGAAAUUUAUUAUUGGAUACUAGAUUACCUAUACUAAAUAACAUUGGUACUAAUCAUAAUAAUGAUUAUUUAAAUGGUAGAUCUGCACAGAUUUCCAUUACUAAUCAAUCAAAUGGUAAUAAUCCAAUUAUGAAAUCUAAUUCAUAAAUAAAUCUAUAAACGCGUAAAUAGUGAAAAAAUAAUAACCGUGCAAAAUAUCUUUGUUUUACAGAAGAAGCGUUUACCUGAAAGAAAUUGGCUGUGAUUUGUCUCCGUUAUUUAUUUACUUUGUCACCCCUCCACAUUUAUAGCCCCAAGACCGUGUUUUACUUCCCACCUGGUCCUGCCAGAUCCCUAAGCACUUGUUCACAUGUAUUGAUAUAUAUAUAGUUGCCCUAAUCAACACUGACCUGUCUGUAUAUCGAUCUACUGUUGCAAAUUGAAAACUACCAAUCACAAUUACUUAAUAUUGUUUUUUAGCAUUUCUAUUGGUUCCCCUACACAUUUUCAUAUGUGUCUUGUCUGUCUAUCUAUCACUUUUUGCGGUUAUUUUAUCCAAUCAUAAUUCAGUAAAUAGAUUCUAUUUAGCUUCAUAUUUAUUCUUCUUGUUGUUGUGUAUAUCCCAUUCAAGAAAUGGGGGGGGGGAAGGAUAUUAAAACAAAAUAUUUAAAUAACUUUUCUUUUUAUUUCUUCCGUGAAACUGUAGAGUUUUGUUUUGUAUUGUUUUCUUUUUUUUUCAUGUUUGAAUCUUUUUUUUUAAACCCAUCUGAUUUAGAUUGAUUAUUGCUUGGUUACUACUAUGUGGUAAUCGAUCAUUAUGAUUAUAUUAAAAUGACUGGUGUCAAUCAAUUGUUUCUCUCUCUCUCUCUCUCUUAUAACAUAAUUAUCACUAUGAAGAACACACUAUUCAGAAAGAGAAAGAGAGGGAGAGAGAGAGUUUUUCCUGUUUAGUUUUCACUUCAAAUUGAUUUCUUUAGUUUCUUAAUGCACAAAUAAACUCAGUUGAUUAUCUUGUACUAGUU